AUGACGUCGUCUCAAAAACUUGUCGCUCUGCAUGACGGCGAGUUAAAGACCAUGCGCGCUAUUACCACCAACGCCCAAUCGGAGGCGAUGAAGAAGAGAAAAGCGUCUUCUCGAUCAUCCAACGAAGAAGAAAGUAAAUUCCGGUUCGAAAAAGAGCACAUGGGAAAACAGUAUUCGUCGUUGUAUUACCAACGAUUGAUGGUUUUACUCCCAGGAUUGAAGCAAAGCGCGCGAGAGAAAUUUGGAACAUCCGUUCCUUUGAAAAGAGUCAUUGAAUUAGGCGCCGCGGGGACUGAUAACAACAAGGAAGAUGGAAAAGGAGGAGGAGAGAAGAAAGAAUCAUCCGCGAUGAUGAUGAUGGACGUUGACGACGAGGAUACGCUGCUCCAAGAACAAGAAAACAAAGAAAACAAAGCCGCCGCCGCGCUCGGCGAGGAAGUCGUCAUCAUCGGCACUAUUUACAAAGAAAUGGCCAAAAAACCAAUCAUUUUAGACGAAUACAUUAAAACGAAAGCCGGUGUCACGAAGAAAGAGCAAGUCGAACACGGAUUGAUGGACUUGGAGGAGAACUUCGUGGACGAAGAGAAGGAUUUUUGUAUCUUGGAGGACGAAAGCGCGAGAGUAAAGUUACAAGGGCCCGGAGUGAAGGUCGGGGAGUUAGUGACUGGUGUUUCGGCGGCGUGUAAAGGACGCGUGAACAAUAACGGUGAUUUCGUCGUCGAUUCUGUGGCAUUUGCAAAGCCGUCGUCGUCGGCAAAGUCAACGACAAAGGUAACGGAAGAAGACGAAAGCGGCGAACAGACAUACGUGUGCUUAGUUUCUGGUUUGAAUUUUGGCGCAUCUCCCUUGAACGACGUUCGCGCGAUCAUGUUGAGCGAAUACAUCGAAGGCAGUUUAGGCGAUGAGGAGCAAGCGGGCGGAAUUAGCCAAGUGCUCGUGUGCGGUGAAUUGGUUUCCUCGAAAACGAGAGAGGAAGAACGCGUCCAAGGAGAGAAAGGCGCCAAGGCGACGACAAACGGCGAAGGUGGGACCCACGCCGAUACGAAAAAGAAAGCGACGUCAUCGUCGAUUCAAAAAGCGGACGCGUUUCUCGCGAAAGUUUGCGAAAUGGUGCCCGUUGAUCUCAUGCCCGGGAGCUCUGACCCGACGAACUCGGCGUUGCCGCAACAACCCAUACACAGUUGUUUCCUACCAAACGCGGCUCGAUUCGAAGGGUCGACGUUGAAGAAAGUGACCAACCCUCACGAGUUUCAAAUCACACCAUCAUCAGAUGAUGCGUCCACAUCGUCCUCAUCGCGAACGUUUCUGGGAACGUCCGGGCAAAACGUUCGCGAUUGUUUACAAAUCACCUCGAGCGGCGUCGGCAUAAAGGGAAAAACACCGGAGGAAAAAGCAAAAGCGGUGUUAGAUGUCAUGGAGAGAUUUUUAGAAUGGGGACACAUGGCCCCGUCCGCGCCUGAUACGUUGGCUUGCUAUCCCUUCAAAGACAGAGAUCCUUUCGUUAUAACACAAGUCCCGGACGUGUUCUUUGCGGGUUGUCAAAGCGCGUUUGGUUCGAGAGAAAUAGUAGUAGCGUCACAAAAAUCCGUGUUGGUUUCCGUACCAAGCUUUAGCGAAACCGGGAGCGUCGUCUUGUUAAAUUUGAAGACUUUAAAAGCAGAGGAAGUGACAUUUACAGCAGCUGGGUUAUAA